ACUUCCUCUGUGUUUCCUGAUUUACCUACAAGAAACUGUUUGAACUUUUAUUGGGGAAUAUUAGUGCAUAUUCAACUGUUUGAACUUUUAUUAGGGAAUAUUAGUGCAUAUUCCGACUAUGCAUAACACAGGGACUGAGUAUCACACCACGGACACAAGAUAGUCGUUACGUUAGCUUAGCUUGUUGUAAUCGGCGUGCUGUUUCUCCUGCUGUUUAUUUUUUGCAGCCCAGGGGAAUCUUGACCGUUUAGUAGUUUAAAGGCUACAUGCUAGCGUUUGACUGGACUGACAACCUACUGUACGAAUAUAGAGAUCUAACGUUACCGUGUAACGUUUCCCUCUCCGAAAAACUUCGGCCACUGGACAUGAACAUUUGGCCGUGAGCUGUCACUUGGCUUGGUAAAGUUAGCCUCUGACACUGGCUAACUGAUGUUAGCGUACGAUGCCCCUCGCUCCUGCAAACCAGUCCCAGCUGAUUCGGUCCAGUCAGAAGGACGAAUAUUAUCAAACCUUUCUGAGAAACAACGCCAACGAAGCUUUUCAAACACUUGCUGGAUCCAAAAGGUGGCUGGACUGGAGGAGAGAGAUAGAGCUGCUGUCAGACCUUGCAUAUUAUGGAUUAACAACAUUCUCAGGUUACCAAACCCUGGGUGAAGAAUAUGUCAGCAUCGUCCAGGUGGAUCCCACUAAACAUAAAAUCCCCUCUGGGGCCAGACGAGGCCUCUUCGUCCUCUGCCAUGCCUUCUUUCCUUACCUCCUGGACAAGGUCCUGGUGUGCCUGGAGAACGAGCUGGAGGGUGGGCAGGAGAGCCGCAGCGGUGUCAGUCGGCGGCAGGCGGCAUCUGGGCUGUGGAGCCUGGAGUCCUGGCUGAGGAUGUGGAUGCAGCGGGCGGUGGGGCUGCUGUCGGAGCCCCAGAGGAGGGCGUGCCUGCCAGCCGUGUUUGUUCUCCAGCAGGGCCUGACCCUCCUGCACCGACUCCACGUGGCUCUUUUCUACAUCAGCGGCUCUUUCUAUCACCUUUCUAAGAGGGUGGCUGGUAUCAGCUAUCUGCGUGUGAUGGGGCUGCACAGCGAUGACGGGACCAUCAGAAGCAGCUACAGGCUGCUGGGGGCCGUGUCCCUCCUCCAGCUGCUCAUCACUGUUUGUCUGCAGCUCAACAACUUCAGACAGAGACAGAGAGCCAGACAGGAGUGGACGCUCUACAGGAACCUCAGUCUUCAGCAUACACAGAGCUCAGGCCCCAGAGCUGUCCGCUGUAUCCUGUGCCUGGAGGAGAGGAGACACUCCACGUCCACCCCCUGUGGACACCUCUUCUGCUGGGAGUGCAUCACAGAGUGGUGCAACACGAAGGCGGAGUGCCCCCUGUGUCGGGAGAAGUUUCAGCCUCACAGACUGGUGUACCUGAGGAACUACAGCUAGAACCAUAGAGCCUGAUGCCACACACACACACACACACACACACACACACACACACACACACACACACACACACACACACACACUGUCAUGCAACCUUUGUGUUCUGUUUGUUCUUUUUUUCAAAGUAAUUGCCUCUUUUGUGGUUGAUUGAGAAUUAAAUUCUGGAUUGUAUCAGUUCAAAUGUGUAAAUAUUACUUGUAAUUUAAAUUAACCUUUACAGAUCCUAAUAAAAUGUGGGGAAUG